AUGGUCUCGCAGCUAAAAUUCCGUUGGACCAUAUUGAGAGAGUCAGCAACUUCUCUCCGUGCAAAUCGAGUGCCACCAGACUACAUCAAAUGCACCAUGUUCCCAUUCUCUCUUGAUGGGAAAGCGGCUCGAUGGCUAGCCUCUCUCCCGACCAGUACCCUCACUACAUGGGAACAGGUCCGAGCAGCGUCCUUAAGUCACUUUUACACGAAGUCCAAAACCGCGGCUCUAAGGCAUAAGAUCUCCAAUUUUAAGCAAAAGACUGACGAGCCUUUCUAUGAUUCUUGGGAGCGUUACAAGGAAUACCAAAGGGAAUGCCGUACCCAUGGGUUUGAGGACGAUUACAUACCGGAAGUGUUCUAUGAUGGAGUGAGCUAUGAGUUUCGUAAUGCUCUAGACUCCUCGAGUAAUGGAGAUUUCAUGACUCAAACAACACCAGGUGCAUUCGCACUGAUCGAGAAUAUGGCGUCAAGCUCACUCAACAAGAACAAGGAGAACGAUCUCUCCAAAUGCGUUAACAGCAUAGACGAUCUAGCGGCAAAGGUUGAUCAGCUGAUAAAGGGCAAUCUGAGCCAAGUGUUCAUCAUGGAAGAAGCCGCAUCAGAAAACAGUGCUUCGGAUGUCACACCUGAAGCAGACAACACUGUGGACGAUCAACAAGAAGUGAGCUACGUAAAUGGACAAGGAUGGCAGUACAAGAACUACCACCUGAACCCUAGCGUGAGGAGCAAUCCCCAACUCUUUGCGUACCCUAAACUGGACAAACCAGUUGACAAUGCGCAGAACAAUCAAGGACAGAACACGGGAUAUCAGAAGGGUUACCAAGGAAGAACUUAUAUUCUGAGCCAGGCGCAGCAUAACCAGUUCCAGAACCAAAAGCACCAGACUGCUCAACAGGUUAGUCCUGCACCUACGACUGUUCCACAAGACGAGAUGAAGGGUCUAGCGACGAUGAUGCAGCAGCUGCUCUAG